UCCACCAGGCGCGUUAUACCAACCAGCCUCUGUUUUGUUUCUAGAAUAGCUCGAUCCAUCAUGGCGAUGCAUGCGAAGGCGACUCCACCACAGAUCCCGGACACCCGCCGGGAGCUAGCUGAACUGGUGAAGAGGAAACAAGAACUAGCGGAGACACUGGUGAACUUGGAGAGACAAAUAUAUGCAUUUGAAGGCAGCUACCUAGAAGACACCCAGAUGUAUGGCAACAUCAUCAGAGGAUGGGACCGAUAUCUCACUAACCAGAAGAACUCCAAUAGUAAGACAGAUAGAAGGAAUAGGAAAUUCAAGGAAGCAGAGCGUUUAUUCAGCAAGUCAUCUGUCACAUCAGUUGCAGCAGUAUGUGCACUCGGUGGGAUACCGGAUCACAUGAAUGAAAAACGUGAGGCAGGCAGCGGCACAGAAAGCGACGCCUCUCCAGAUCUCCAGAAUCAAGAGAACGAGCCAAGCCAGGAGGACACGGAAGAUGUGGACACGACGCUUCAGGACCUAAAGCCUCAGAAAGCUGCUUCCUCGUCCUCCUCAGGCAGCCAUCACGGGAGCCACAAAAAGAGGAAGAACAAAAACAGACACAGUCCUUCUGCCAUGUUUGAUUAUGACUUUGAAUUUGACAUGAAGGUUAACAAGAAACCCAGAGCUGAUUAUUCAGCUUAACAAAGAUGACUGGAACACCUGGACGCACGAGGAGGAUACGUGUAGAGAAACACAAGAUUUCUGGACUCAAUGAACUUUGUUUUGCCUUUUUUUCCCAUCAGUUGUCAUAUUACAGUCUGUUCUGUGUGUAUUGCUUGAAACAUUCCCCUCCUGACACCAACACUGGGUCAAGAUUUUGACCUACCAAGUAAGUAGAUCUAUGGUGUUGCAUGUUACUUGAGGCCUGAUGAGGCUGACCUCCAGUAACACACCAUCUUGUAUAGUGUUUAAAAUGAUUGUAUUUACUAUGUAGUUCAUUUCACAUUGUGAGAAAGUUAAGCUUUUUUUUUUUUUAAGCGUCACAUAGUUGUAUAAUCCCUGAAUACCCCAGAUUCUUUUAUUACAUGGUUGUUUUGCAAAAAAAAAUAAAAUACCAGUAAUGUGAAAA